AUGACACAGCGAGCAAUGGCAUAUGGUAUACAGUCAGGAGCUUCUGGUGCAACAGGUAAUGGAUUGGCAACGCGUCCAGUUCCACCUACUCCCUCGCAACAGCAGCAACAACAGCAACAGCAACAACCAUCUUCGCAACAAAUACAACCACAAAGUCAUGGUCUACCCUCGUCACCUUACCUCCAUCCACAACGACAGCAAUUGCACCAAGCCCAACAACAACAACAGCAACAACAACAGCAACAAAUACCCCUUCAACAUCCACCCCACUUACCGUUUCAGGUACACCAAUCUACUAUAACCCAACGAACACAACAAACUCAACCACAUCCAUCACAACCACCAUCUUCUCAACCUCUCCGUUCAAUAUCUUCGUCAAAUGACAAUUCGAUGAACAGUAAACCAAUGAUGCCAUUAGGAUAUUCUACAUCGGGAACACCGACUUCAUCCAUGUCGAUGAGAAUGAGUGAUUAUGAUUACGAAGGGAGCGAUCAGUUAUUAUCCAAGUUGAAGAUACAGCAAUUGUUGGGCCAAAUCGAUCCUAAAGAGAGACUAGAGCCUGAAGUUGAAAAUAUAUUAUUAGAGAUAGCCGAUGAGUUUAUAGAAUCAGUGGGUUCUUUUGCAUGUCUUUUGGCCAAGCAUCGGAAGUCUGAUACACUGGAAGUGAAAGAUCUCCAAAUUCAUCUCGGCUUUGCAUCAGACGAAAUCCGAUCGGCUCGCAAACCAACGACCGCCACUGCCCACCAGAAUAAAAUUGCAGCAAUAAACUCACACAAGGCUACGAAAGCGCAGGCAACACAAUUAACCGGACAAUCUGGAAAUCCGACAAACGCACAAGGACCCAAUAACGUAACAACUAAUGUAACAGCUAAUCAAGGACCGAAUCAGUCAGGUGAUACAAGCAACGGUGCAAAUCCGAACGUUGUAAGUAGUGGGAAUGGGGGCGUGUCAGCAGGUCGAAGUGGUGCCGGGGUUGAAUAA